AAUGUAUGCAUAUAUUAGAAAGAUUGACGAAUGACUUUAUUUAUCUAGGGUAUACAUGGCUCUUUAGGCUAUAGAAUUUCAUGUGAAUGAUGAUCGGUUACCACUGGAAUAUGCUUCACCAUGGUAGCCCAUAAUGAUUGAUAAUGAAUAAUAUAGUCGUGCAAAAAUUGAUGUGAUAUGUGAAAGGUGCUAGGGAAAUGUUCCAGGUUUAAGAAGAUAAAAUAUGCAGGGGAGAAUAAUGAAGACGAGUAAAAAACCUUGAAUGAGAGCCGAGUGUGACCUUGCUGCUUAAAAAAAGGAAAAAAGAUGAAAUGGACGAUCCCGAGGACCAAUAUUCUACAGACGGUCUUAAAUUCGGCUCCGGGGAGGCAAGAUUACUAUCAGAAACGACUUCGAAGGGCACCCAAGUUCAUCCACAGGUGAAAGUGAUUACAAAAAAGAAAAAACAGCCAAACCAUUACGACGGAUAUUUAAAAUUAUGCCUAUGUGGUCUGAGCAUUAUGGGACUGGCGUACGCCAUUCAUUUCAUCGACCCAAUCAGUGUUAUAAAGAAUAUAAUGCUGAGCAUGAGCGAAGGAUCGUACCUGUUCAAAAUGUGGAAAUCCCCUCCGAUCAAGCUCUACAUCAAAGUCUACAUAUUCAACAUAACAAACGCGAACGAAUUUUUGGACGGAAGGGACAGCAAGAUCAAACUCCAGGAGAUUGGACCGUACACGUACAGCGAGACAAUCAUCAAUGAAGACAUAGAAUGGAAUGAAAACAGCACAAUCAGUUUCACCCCGAGGAGGAAAGUCGUCUUCGAACCAGAAUUGUCGGCCGGUGACCCCUAUAAAGAUGUAAUUACAGUUACCAACGUCCCACUAUUGGGUAUUGCUUCUGCACUGCAUAAUUCCUCCAUUGGUAUUAAUUUGGCCCUAUCUACUAUCAUUUCUUACCUGGACGCCCGGCCGUUGCUGAACAGGACAGUGGACGCUUUCCUCUGGGGGUACGACGAUCCUUUGGUCAAGCUUGCCAGCAACGUUCUGCCGACUUGGAUCAACUUCGAAAGAUUCGGCCUUUUGGACAGAAUGAUGGACGAGGGAGAGAACAGGAUCACGAUGCUACUGGAAAAUACUAACACGAGCUCCCAGUACUCGAUCGAAAACUACAACGGAUCACCUGGCCUAUCUCAGUGGGGUUACGAUGCAGGAUCUAACGUAACCCGGACUUGUGACAGAGUUACAGGAUCAGUGGAAGGCAUUCUUUUCCCGAGAAAUUUACAACCGUCUCAGUCAUUCACAGUGUACAGGAAGGCGUUCUGCAGGUCUCUUCCAAUUGUUUUCGACAGACAGGAAAAAACCAAAGCUGGCUAUCCGGCUUACGUCUAUACUUUCCCAAAAGACAUUCUCGACCCGGAGAACCCUAACAACAAGUGCUACUGUGAUAGAUUUGGUCGUUGUUUACCUCCUGGCCUUUCUGAUCUCUCUCCUUGUUACUACAAUAUUCCAGUUGCAAUUUCUCUUCCACAUUUCAUCUAUGCGAACAAGAGCCUGGGAUCGAGAGUUGAAGGACUGAACCCAAAUCCAGAAAAACAUGGGACAGUAUUUGCUGUGCAACCAGAAAUUGGUGUGCCUCUUUUUGUAAGAACAAGAGUCCAAUUGAACAUCGUCGUGAAAAAGACAAAAUUCAUUCCAAGGGUGAAAAAUUUUGAUAACAUGGUCAUUCCUAUCUUCUGGCUUCAAGUGGAGCUUGUUAGUCUUCCAGAUUCAGUCUUGAACCUUCUAAGCCUUCUACUAAUCUACGGCCCGGUAAUACAGACCUCUUCAAUUGUGUUGCUUUUCAUUUUAGGGUUAGGUUUAGUCUUUACGGCGAAUAUCAGGUAUGCUUGGAGAAGUGGCCUCUUCGCUCAGAGACGGCAGCAAGCCGCUCUUAUAAGCUACAGGCAAAAGAAUAAAGCAAAUGUUAGAAUUGUCUGGAAAAGCAGUACAUACGCUCAAAUACUGCCAAAACCAGUGCCUACACAUAUCGUUGAAAGUGGAAGAUAGUGCUGACGUUUAUGUGAUAACUGUAUUUUUAUAUCAUAUAAGUAUUGAUUUAGUCAAGUUAUGGCUCAAUUAUUAUACGUAUCAAUAGGGCGAUCUUGCCUUAAUAGGUUAAACUCUCUUUUAAACAAUUGAAUGUAUGUCAUUAACAUCAAGACAUUAUUUUAUUUGAGUAUUUUAUAGUCAUUAACGGAAAGCACAGUCAAGAUGUUUAUUGGAAAAAAAGGCAAUAUUCAGAAUUGCUUAUAUUAUAUUAAUUAAAAAUAUAUAAAAAUAAUAG